AUGCGGUUACCGGAAAAAACGGCCGAAAGUAGCCACUUCUGUGUCGCGGGGGAUGCGGAAUUCACUCUGUUAGAUUCACCGCGGGGCUGGAGUAGUUCAUUCCGACAGACCCGCGCCCUUGCUGAGGCGUUCGCCUUUCGCGGUACCGACUGGUGCGAGUCUGCUUCAAGGAGUACUAAAACUACAGAUGCGUUUAUCAAACAAAAAAAGUUCGUCACGAUCACUCAUGGGCAUUUUUGCAAGACAAAACUGUCUGUCAUGCGUAAAAAUGCAUCACAGCCACACUUCGAGAGGGAUUUCCCUAGUGUUUCUGCAACACAAGGAGAAGUUGUGAUGCAAAAAAAGAUUUGUAAUGCAAAACCUGCAACUUAGUGACUGUGACAAACUUUUUUCUCUCCAUAGCGUUUCAGUUUACCAACGGGUAUAACAAAGGGCUCGGGUUGCCGCCGGUCCGGGCAGAGAUCAUGAACCAGGUCGGCGGUGGUCUCCUGCAUGGGGAUUCGAACCUCGUCCAGUGGUCUUCCGUGCUGGAACACUGCCACUGCGUGCAGAAACUGGAAUUCGACCCGUUCGACUAUUUGUGGAAGGUCUACGCCCCCACCGCGGAAGACAUUGGC